AUCAAAUUGAAGGAUACGUCCGCCACCUGUGACUGUGAGCCUGUGUGUAAACAAUUAUUUAUACAUACACAAUAGUAGAUUUACGUAUUUAUAUCUAUUUAGAAAGGGUAUGUAUACAUAUGACUUUCGACCUGGUGAAGUUGACGUGCAUACACAGGGAAGACAAGAUGGCAGCCGAGAAGAAUCAACCAAGUGCGGAGGUGGAUGCGGACUCUAAGUACACCAUCACGCUUGCGGGCAUGUGGGAGAGUGUGUUGGAGCAUUGGCAACCCAUGCUGUGCGUGUUCCUGGGUGUUUUAAUCCCGUCGAUACGAAACUUGGAUGUUAUGGUAGGAUCACAAUCGGCUUACUAUAUCAGGGGGUUCGGUCAACUUUUCUUCUUCUUGGGAUGUCUACAAGUCGGCCAGAUCUUUGUGAAGCAGGUGAAGGUAGAAGGCAGCAAGUUCAAAGAAGUGGAAGAAGCGAAGAAAGCAGGAGUCAAGAAGGAUUCCUAACCCAUAUUGUCUGACAUCAAAUCAAGUCAGAUUUUCAACGGACCCGAACAAUUACAAUCUUGCUUACAUCUGCACCCAGAAUAUUUUGCUUCCCCGUGUGCCCAGCAAAAUCCUGAACGCGCGGUUAUUUGGGCAAGCACUAUUUAAAGCAUAGACAUGAUGGCAUCCGUUAAAAAUUGUCGAUGCACCUACAGGCAGUCAGCAUAGCACUGAGGAUUUUUAUACGUGACACAAAUUGUGGGGAUUUAUUGAUGGCAGAUACAGGAUCAAUGGCAGCCAUCAGGGCCACCGCUGGCAUAUCUAAACACAGCGGAAAGGGGGAAGGUCGCGGAAGUAACUAUGCAAUCUGUCAUGCCAACAUACCGAUUCUUCCUUAGAUAGGUAUAUUUAAGUGCACUAAAAACCCAAGCUUGUAGCAUCCGCCAUAUGACAUAUCUAAUAUGAACCCAAAUUUCGGUACCAUCGCUGUGAAUGCGCCCGCCAGAGGUGCGUGACCCAAGUUGAUUGGGUCAAGGGUUUUAGAUAUAAAUUUGUACUUGUGAUCCUGUCUGAUAUAAUAUUCGAAAC